CACUACUUGACAGUUGACACGCUGUUGUUUGGGCGCAAACGGACAAACCACGUUGCCCAAAGCUAGGGUUCCCAGGCUUCGCACACAGUCACAACAGUCGCAGCAGUUGCAACAAGGUCGCAAUACAAACCAGCCAUUAUUUCCUCCUCCGCCGUGCCACAUACCAUCCUCUCAAGUUCAAAACAACGCUUGCGCAAACGACCCAACUCGAUAUCCCGACCGACUUAGUACCCCGGAGCUACCAUGGCAUCCUUUGUCGAGGGACUAUGGCAGUCCAUCUUCACGCCGGGCCCGACGCCCACGCUGCUCGUAGCGACAAACGUCACCUUCGCGGCCCUGCAGGUCGUGCUCGCCGGCAUGCUCUACGCAACCUACAGCAUCCACUUCGUCAUCCUCUCGGUGCUGUGCGGCGGUCUCUGGGCCUCCAUCAACUGGUUCGCAAACGAGCUCAAGGCGCACCAGCAAGAGGAGGAGGAGAAGAAGCGGCGCACCCAAGCGGCCCGCUCACCACCACCGCGCGCGGCGCCGUCGCCGGACGACAGCGAGACGGAAGUCGAGGCCGCGACCUCCACGGCUAGCCUCCGUAGGGUUCCAACGAUAGCGGCGGCGGCGGCGGCGCCUGCUGCGGAGGCCGCGGCGGUCAGUACCGAGGUGGAGCCGGCCGAGACGCACGGGGAGCUGAAGCACAGGGUUGCGGAGGAGCUGCCGAGCCCGAGCCAGGGGCUGAAGAGUGGUGUCAGCACCGAGGACGAGUGGGAGAAGGUUUCGGAGAACGAGAAGGAUAAAUAGAUAAACUGGUUGGAUGUGGCUGGUGGGGGUUCUAUGCUGGCUGUCGUGUGGAUAGGAGGCCGUAGGACACGGGCAGUUUUGGCCGGCUAUGCAAGUCUGCGAU